CCUCAAUAAGCCCCUUGCGGGGGCGGCUCUUUAUGAACAAAAAUCACACCUGAUACCCUUUAUUCCGUGAUUUUGACACCGUUUCUAGGAUUUGGGUAGUGCACGGAAUACAAUACUGGCAACAGCUGCUCGCUAGCUCCGAUAGCCAACAUGGCGUCAUAGGCCACGCUAAUGACGCCCCCGCAUCUUCCACUGUGGGCCGAAGAACAACACCACUGCUCCGAAGGAGAAGCACGGCUGGACGAUUGUGGAUAACUCGUAUGCAGGCCACGCCGGACGUAAUUCGGCUGUAGUGUAACACCGAGCUUUGCUCUCGCGGAUACUAUGGAGGAGAUAAAUAGGUAGACGAGCACCUCACCAAUACACAGAUUCCUGUCUGCCCUGCUCUUGCACUCGCCUCGUUGGACCGAUAUCUGCCCUGACAGGACUGCCAGCAUGAGCUCUGCGACUUCCGCAUCCAAGCCUGAUGCUUCGGGGACGACCCCGAAGCAGCUCCAGGACAUUCCACACCUCAAACUGAGCGACGGGAAUGAGAUACCCAUGAUCGGCUAUGGUCUGGGGACCGCCAAUUUCAAGCGCGGCAACAAGGAAGGACUCGAUGAGAAGAUCAUAAACGACACCGUCACCGCCAUCAAGAAUGGCUACUACCACCUUGACUGCGCCGAGGCCUACGGCAACGAAGCCGAGGUCGGCGUCGCCAUCGCCCGCGCCGGCGUGCCGCGCGACAAGCUCUUCAUCACCACCAAGACCUCCUGCAACCCCGGCGACACGAUCGAGGCGGCGCUCAGCCGGUCCCUCGCCAAGCUCGGCCUGGACUACGUGGACCUGUACCUGAUCCACAGCCCGUACUGGGCGUCGUCGCCGGCCGAGCUGCAGCGGCGGUGGGCCGAGAUGGAGGCGCAGCGCGACGCCGGCCGCGCCCGCUCCAUCGGCGUGUCCAACUACCUGCGCGAGCACCUCGAGGCCGUGUUCGCCGCCGCGCCCCGCCACCCGCCCGUCGUCAACCAGAUCGAGUACCACCCGUACCUGCAGCACGACCCGGACGGCGGCGGCGGGUUGCUGGCCUAUCUCCGGGAGAAGGGGAUCGCGGUCGAGGCGUACUCGCCGCUGACGGCGGUGCGGAGGGCCGCGCCCGGCCCCGUCGACCCCGUGUACGACCGGCUGGCCAAGAAGUACGGCGUGACGGCGGGCGAGGUGGCGCUGCGCUGGUGUCUGGAUCAGGGAAUCGUGGCCGUCACGACGAGCUCAAGCGAGGAGCGGCUGAAGCAGUGGAUGACGCGGCUGCCGACGUUCAAGUUGACGCCCGAGGAGGUGGAGGAGAUCGCGGAAAAGGGGAGGGAGAAGCAUUAUAGGGGCUUUUGGACCAAUAAGUUCGCUGAGGAUGAUCGACGCUGAGGGAAGAAGUAGACUUCUUGUUCUGGGGAAGUAGGAAAUAUCAGAGGUUCUUUCCGUUUUGAGUCACUCCAGGAAGGAUUGCUGAG